ACACACAUGACAUUGCACAUUCCAAAUCCACGGAUUACUGUUGCAAACAUCGACAGUCUGUCUUUGUCAGUCGCAGCACAUCUCACCAUAAAUAAAGAGAGUUUUUGCCUUUUUGGCUAGUUAUAAAUUUCUAAGUAAACAGUCAUAGGAAAAGAUGUCGAUAUCCAUAAUACCGCCCGAAGUUGUUAGUAGACUCAAGGAUGCCACGGUUCUCAUUUUAUGGGGCCCAGGUAGCUCCCCAGAAGACGUGCAAAAAUUUUCUCAAGAACUUUCCAGUCAACAGUGUAAUCGUGUAGUUGUGGAACAUUUUGAACGGCUUGUUGUGUCUGGUCACCCGAAAUCUACCUUUAGUGUGGUUCUUUCCAAUUUAUUUGAACCACAUGCUACAUCACACUCAUUUGAUCUCCUAUCUGAAGUCAUUAGAAUUAUGAAACCAAGUGGGAUUGUCUGCGGAAAAGAGCUGACUGACCUUAAAAUUUCAGCAAAUCUCAAACUUGCUGGAUUUUGCAACAUAACUGUUGAUUCUUCAAACAGUAUCUUCUCUGCACAAACACCAAAUUUUGAAGUGGGAUCAUCAUCCAAACUUUCAUUUGCUAAACCUUCUGUAUGGACACUUUCAGAUGCCCUCGUAGAUGACCAAGUUGAGCUAAUCAAUGAAGAUGAUUUGCUGGAUGAGUCAGAUUUGAUAAAACCUGAUGCUGAAUCCUUGAGAGUGUGUGGAACAACUGGGAAGCGCAAGGCUUGCAAGGAUUGCUCAUGUGGACUAGCUGAAGAGCUAGGAGCAGGUCAGGCAGUAAAGACAACAACAACUUCUGCAACCUCAUCAUGUGGCAGUUGCUAUCUUGGAGAUGCCUUCCGUUGCGCAAGUUGUCCAUACCUUGGGAUGCCGGCUUUUAAACCAGGAGAAAAAAUCCAACUCUCAGAAAGGCAAUUAAACCCUGAUUUGUAAAGAAAAUGAGUAACUAAUUACAUGGUUGCUCAAGUCGGUAAAUGCACUAAAUAUGUAUCUGUUGGUCCCAAAGUAAUCAAAAAUAAAACCAGCUUUUGUCAUGUUUGGCCUAACUAUUUGUAGGCGUCGUAACCAAGUGAUAUAGUGUUGUCAUACAAAACUCUAAAUCUAGUUGGCAGUAAGUAGAAAUGAAUUAAGCUUGAGGCCAAACUGUGCAUUCGGCAGCCUUCAUUCUUUAUAUUUGAUUUCUUUGAAUACUUCUUCAGUGCUAUGAAAUGCAGGUGAUUUUUAAAUAUACACUUUUUCAUCAA